UCCCAGAUAUAUAUUAUGGGGCAAGUGGCGUUUGGCCAUUCCUCGUAGGUAUCACGCUUGCGCUUGCAUGGGGAACUUGUCCGGAAACCACUCUCGACUAGCCGUACUCCGAUCCUUAUUUCACCUCCAGCUCCCCCAACACAACACAACACCUCUAUCUGCAUGCUGGCGCCAAUUAGGGGUGGCCGUGCCGCCCCUCCUCCCUAAAUCCAAGGCAACAGUCGCACACGCGAAAGGUGACCCUUCCAACACGUCCCGUCAUGGCCCCUGGUGGGAUGUGAGUGUUACCACAAUGGGUCGCUCGCUGACUGGCGCUCCCAGUCUUGUCGGUAUCAUGCUCCUGGGCAGUCUCUUACUUGCCUAGACGUGAUCCAGGCUUUUGUGGCGGAACAAGAUGGACCGGGUAUUUACCCCUCUACUGCAUCUGUGUCAAAGCAGACUACCUAGACGACACGCAGAUUCUGUCUAUAUGAGCCAGCGCAUCGACAGCGCGGUAAAAAAAGAACUAAAAUAAUAAUAAUACUGGAAUGGCAAAGCCUACUGGGGAGAAACAAGAAGACAACACGCAGGCACAUAGCAGUAUAU